CAUCCGGACGAACGGUGGGGUGUUGUGAAUUCGUCUUCAAUCUUGCUGAAUAACUAUUUAAACUGUUUCAUUAAUUUGUAUCUGUUUGAGGAAGAAAAUUCAACAACUAGCACGCUGUAGAGUCACCUGCCAUGAAUUUCAGGACAUUAUUGUGAUACACAAAGGGCAAAAUCCAAUGCCGAGGCCCAUCAUCACUCACCAGCCUCGCCCCAUCGGUCAACUGUGACGGACUGACCCAAGCGAGCCUGGUUGGUCUGGCCGGCCGGCCCUGAGGCCUCCCCCUCCCCAAGGCCCCAAGAUGAACACCAUGCGCAGGUUUGUGAAGAACUCCAUGCGGCGCUCGCCGUCCUCAGCCCAGGACAACUCGCUGGGCCUGAUGCACCUGAGGAAGCUUUACGUGGAGCUGUGCUGCACGGCCCAGCCGCUCUCCCAGAAGGAACAGGAGGACAAGCUCUACAUGAUGUUGCCGCUUUUCUGCAAGGUAUUUGAAAACAGCCCCGGCCACGAGAUUAUAGAUAAAUUUGGGGACGUUCUGCAGUUCUCCAAUCACGUCGCUCGACUCUUUGUGACGGAGAUACGACGCAAGGCAUCCGACCAAUCAACAGAGGCGGCCAGCUGCUCCAUCGCCGAGUACCUGGAGAUCAAGUCCACGGCCGAGAGCAGCAACGGCUGGAUGCUGCUGUCCACCCUCAACCUGCUGGCGGGCGGCGGCCAGAGCAUCGUCAACACCAUGAUGAUGGCGGCCCUGCCCUCCACCCUGGUCAAGUGUCUCUACCUCUUCUUUGACCUGCCGGAGAUCUCCAUGAAGAACGAGGGGGGUGGCGAGGGGAUGAGGAAGGAGGAGAGCUCAGGAGAGACAAUCACCCCUGCCAAGAGGAGGGAGCUGCUCCACAAAUAUGUCGUGCAGCUCCUCGUCAAACUCUGCAACUACCCAGGCCCGGCUGACGAGCUGGCCAAGAAGGACGACUUGACCCUCCUCUUCAGCGCUAUCACCAGCUGGUGUCCCCCUCACAACAGCCCCUGGAGGAAGGGGGCCGCCGAGGUGCUGACUACCAUCUCCCGGCAUGGGCUGACUCAGGACGUGGUGCAGUACAUACACAAUAAGGGAUGUCUGGCUUUAUGCGUGGACAACAUGCAGCACGUGCAGGAACUGACACCCCUUGAAAAGGUGGAGAUGUGCUUCACUGUCUUCUGUUUCCUCAAGGACUCCAGCGACAAGUCCAGAGUCUUGCUUGAUGAGUUCCGAUCUUGCCAGGGCUACAUCUUCCUCGCCGACUUCGUUUUGAAGUUGGAGUCCAUGGGCGACGAGGAGUCCAUUCACUCGCUGAGGAACCUGGUCCUCCUCAUCUCGUCGCUCACCCAGUGCGGCUACACCGAGCUGCGACCCAACUCGGGCAUCUAUGAGGCGCCAUUCCAGGUUCAAGGGUUCACGCUUCCGCAGCCCAGUGGAAAUGGUAACAGUGUCAGGAAUCUUCAGGCAUUCCAAGUACUUCAGACAAUAUUUUUAAAGGCCACAACGGGAAGCCUGUGCGCCGUCAUUCUUGAGGUCAUCACCAACAUCUACAACUCGGACAAUGCCAACUACUUCAUCCUGGAGCCCCAGCACACCCUCUCGCAGUUCAUUGACCGGGCCACCACCAAACUUCCCGAGAUCCAGCUCAAGAUAUUCGAGCUGCUGGAGUUUGUCGUCUUCAACCUGAACUUUGUCCCCUACAAGGAGCUGAGCAGCGUUAGUCUCCUGAUCAAGGCUGGAAAUGAUGUGGGCUGCAUGAUCCGCUCCAUCAAAUGCCUCCUGAGGAUCCUGAGGCACGGCGGAGUGUACAAGGACGUGUACAGGGAGGUCGGACUGCUGGCCGUCAUGGUGACGUGUCUGCACCGGUACGCCGCGUCCCUCAAAGACAACCAGCCAGACACCAAGGAGGAGAUAUGUUCAGUUCCGGAGGUGAAUAUUCCAGAGGAGGACCAAGACCUGGCGUUCCUUGUGAUGGACUGUCUGACGUUGUUACUCCACGAGAACAACGACAAUGCUAUUGUGUUCCGUGAAAUUGGCGGUGCCCGGUGUUCCCACAACCUGGUGCCCUACAUCCAGUGCCGGCAGCAUGCAUUAGCUAUCGUGCAGCAGCUGAUCCUGAGCAGGGAUGGCGAGGACGACAUGGGCACACUGCUGGGACUCAUGAACUCCACGCCAGCCAGUCAGCUGCAGCUCAAGACAGACAUCCUACAGUCAUUACUGAAUGUUCUGAGAGAUAGUCACCGCUCCCGGACGGUAUUCCGCAAAGUAGGGGGCUUUGUGUAUGUUACCACAGUGCUGGUUACCAUGGAAGCAAGUCUGAGUGACAGCCCCAAAGAACCAUGGGAUACAGCCCCUAAGGACCAAGUCUUCACCCUUCUCCACGUGGUGUUCCAGACACUCACGGCUGCCAUGAGACAGGAGCCGGCCAACGCCAAAUUCUUUGCCUCAGAGAUUCGCUACGAAAGCUUAACGGAGGACAUCCGACGUCUGGGCUGCUUCAGUGACAUCACAGAGUUACUGCCUCAAGCGCACAGUCCAUCGGCCACCAAUGAGGGCUCCUCCAACACUGAGCCAUUCCACAACCUCUUUGACAUCGACUGCAAUCCGGACCACCUCUCUGAUGGUUUGAGAUCUUCCUGUCUGUUGCUGAGAUGUCUGUAUGACACUGCCAUUGAUGCUUUCAGCAGCAAAUCAGCGCAGACGCCCAUCAACUCCCCGGCAUCCAGCCACCACGUCCACGACGCCUACACCCCACUGCCCACCCCACCCUCCUCCCCCGCUAAGCCCCGGUCCCCAUCCAGCCGGUUAUCGCCGAGGUCGACGGGGGCCUCCCCACCGGGUGUGUCCUCCCCACUGUCACCCUCUGGUGGUCCUCCCCCGCCGCCGAACCACCCCACCAUCGUGCAUCCGGGUGCUGUCCUGUCUAUGCUGGACCUGCUACCUUCAGUGCAGUGUGAGAGAAAUCGCAAGUUUGCUCUCCGACUACAAAUGCACAUAGCCGAUGUAAUCCAAGACCUCGUCAAAAGUGAGCGCAACCAGCAGGUGAUGUGCGAGCAUGGUCUGCCGCAGCAGCUCCUGCACCUAGCGUCUGCGGCCCUGGCCGAUGAGGAGCACCCACUGCACAGCAAUCUGCAACACAUGCUAGAGAGGCUGGCCUCCCAGGCGUUGGAACCCAAGGAUUUGAGGGAUUUUUUGAGGCUGGGAAAUCCCCUGAACUGUAAGCCCUUGGAUGAAUGCUCCAAUCCGGCUGUCCAGCCAGGCUAUCUGGACAUCCCCAUCAGUGCAAUACCUACCAGUGCUGCAGCCGUGACCCCAGACCAGCAGCCUUUCACUGCUGCUGUCUCCCCGGACCUCUCUGACACCAACAGCGCUGCUUCCUCCUCGGAGCUCUCCUCCUGCUCGGCGGGGGCCCGGUGUGGCUGUAAUCUCUGCGCGACCCAGGGCGGGGCGGUGCCCCUGACCCGGGUCAAGUGCCUGGUUUCCAUGACCACGCCCCGCGAUGUGCGGCUGAGCGGCACCUCGGUCACGCCUGCCUUCGCCGAGUUUGACAUGAGCGCCGAGGGCUACGGCUGCCUGUACCUACCCAGCGUGGCCCCCCAAUCCACCCCUUCUCAGACAGUGGUCAGCGUGGGCAUGGCAGCUGCUGCUGAUUCAGCUAACAUCAGUGGAGUUGGAACAGGAGAGAGGGCAUUCCCACCCCAGACGGGCCUGACCUAUUCGGUCUGGUUCUGCGUUGACCGCUACUGCACGCUGGACAUCUGCACGCAUCCGGUUCGGCUCCUGACCAUCAUCAGGAAUGCCAUCAACACAGACAACCACUCUACUUGUUUGAGGAUCAGCAUUGAAGGGCCUGAAAGGAAGCUGGUUAUCAACACAUCGGAGGAACCGAUGUCGAAAGUGGAUGACAAGCUAGACUAUGACCCAUCGGCUGUGAGGGUGUUCUGCCCCGAGCUGGCCCAGGAAGGCAAGUGGCACCACCUUGGGGUGGUGUUCAACAAAGCAGUACUCAAGAACAGCUCAGUUGCACUGUAUGUGGAUGGAACACAUAUACACUCGCACAAGGUGCCCUACAUCCAGACUCACCUCCCAGGCACCACCGGCUCUCCGGCCAACUUGACGUCCGUCUACGCCUACGUGGGCACGCCGCCCCUCCAGAGGAGCAUGUCCCGGUUGCUGUGGCGACUGGGCCCCGCCCACCUGUUUGAGGACGCCUUGCCGUCCUCCACGCUGUGUGCAAUCUACCUGUUGGGCCCCACGAAUGUCGGGAGCUUCCAGGCUCCGCGACAGGAAGAGUUCAGCCCUGUGAAGGUUGACCUGGCGGCUCUGCAGCUCCCCGAGGAGAAAAUUGUUUUGGGGAUCCACGCCCACGCCCUCUCCGUCCUGACCAUCUCGAAGAUCAGAAAGACUUUCAACAAGUUUGACAGCAAGUCAGUGGCCAAACAGUUGAACCUGUCAACCCACGAGAAUUCCACCCCUAUCCGUAUCAUCCACAACUCGGCCUGUCACCUCAGCGGCAGUGGACGGUCAUUUGGGGCCGUGCUCAUUGGAAACAUUGGUGUGAGAACCUUCUGCCCCAAACCAGUAGCCAGCACCUUGGAAAACAUUGGGGGGUCAGCCCCGCUGCUAGGGCUGAUAGCGAUGUCCACCGAUGUGGAAGGCCUGUAUGCGGCGGUCAAGGCGCUGGUCUGUGUGGUCAAGAACAACGGGCCAGCUAUGGCUGAGAUGGAACGGACCAGAGGAUAUCAAAUUCUGGCCUUUUUGCUGAAGAGGAAGAAACAUCUCCUCAAUAGCCACAUCCUUCACCUGACCUUCUCGUUGGUGGGAACCAUCGACAGCGGGAGAGAGACUACCAUCAUCCCUCACAGGACGGCCUUUGAGGACCUCCUGUGUGACUUGGAGGUCUGGCACAACGCACCCUAUGAUCUCCAGCGCUCCCUCUAUGACCACUUCUACGAGCUACUGACGGACUCCAGCGAGGCAGACAAGAAUCGCAAGAUGAUGCGGCAGCUGCGCAUGGUCAACCGGCUGCUGUACAUGAUCCAGGAUCCCACCCUGACCCAUGCCACCAUCCAGUCCAUUGCCAACCUGCUCAGCGUCAUGCUGCAGGGGGGCUCCAGCAGCGCUGACCUGCUGUCGUUCGGUCAGUUUCUGGCAUCCACCUUGCCCAAUCUCUCAGCAGACGAGAGGAUGGUCACCCUUGAUGAACUCCAGUGUCUCGUCUCGGACACCGACUCGCAGAGAGGAAGCAGAGACAAUGAGAGUAUUUCGGAGGACUGGACAGGGACCGUGUCUCCUCACAACAUCCACCUGAGGAACGUCCUCCUGGACGUCAUCUUGAAACUUCUCUUCGCUCCCAGCUCGCACAGCAUCAGCCCCAGCAACUGCGAGGAGAUCCAUAAAGUCCUGGGCUAUGACUGGCUGCUCCUCUUCAUGCAGAGCCACGUCCACGCCAGCACGGUCAUCAUGGGUCUGCGCAUCCUGGUCAGCAUGCUGUACAGCCAGUCGGCCAUCGGCAAGUUCCGGGACGGGACGUACGGUGGCGGCUGGCUGGAGAAGACGGAGGCGGUGCUGCAGAACAGAAUGGGCGUGGUCCUGGGUUUCAAUCUGGGCAAGGGCAAGAAGGGGCUACAGAACCGUGAGAUCAACCAGGAGGCCUGCCACAUGCCGGGCUUCACCGUGCUACAGUGGCUGCUGCCCAAGCAUGCCAGCGUGCCCGAACUCUACUUCCUGCUCAUGGCCAUGUCCCUGGGCCAGCCCGUCAGGGAGCUGCCGGAGAACUGCCAGCUGGAUCUGAAUUCCAUGUGGCAGUUCAUAUUCGGCGUUCCCACCAACCAGCCGCUGUCUGGCCGAGUACCCACCAACAUCUGCACGGACGCGAUCCUGGUCAUCUUGGCUCAGAUCAGAGCAAUGCUCAACCACACCGUGGACCCAGAUGAGGAGAUUCCCUGGAUUCAGGAGUACCCAGUCACUCUCAUUCAGUUCCUGCUCUACUUGUACCACAACCUCCCCGAGUUCAAGCCAGUCUGCAUGAGCGCUCCAUUCCUGUGCGGUCUGGCAUCCACCAUGUUUCCCUACACUGCCAACACUGAGCAGGUCUGUUCUCCUGUUGAGGAGUAUGUCAUACUGCCAAGCGAAGAGAGCAGUGAAUUAUCCUCUCCGUCCGAUGAGAUCAAAUACCUCCCUGGGCUGGGCAUACCUGUGUUCGGAAUCAAGAGCCCAGACCGAUAUCCUACUCAAUCCGGCAACCUGGCCAAUCAUGCAGCGAGACGCUACGUGAUGGACUUCCUGCGGGUCAUUGUCAUGGACAGCCUGUCGCUUCCAGCCCCCAGCAAAUCAGCCCCAGUCUUGGAUCUACUUCUAGAGGCAUCCCCCGUCCGAGCCUCAGCGGCGCAGACCAACGAAUUUCAGACAGAGGUCCUGGCCAGCCUAAUGGACCGGGUGGUGGCUGGCGAUGUCCUGCUGGAGAAGGAGGGCGCUCUCCCCAUCGCUGCCGGAGGGAGCUUCGGCAACCUCAUCAACAAUGUCUUCUACCUGAGUUCCCGGGUCGUGGAUAAACUCUGGCAGGGUGUUUUCAACCACAAAUCGAAGGAGGUGUUUGAUUUUGUGGCUCAGCUGAUCAACCAAGCAAAAAGGAGAGGCUCACAUGGCAUUCCAUGGGACACCAUCUAUCACUGUCUGAACAGAACGGUACUGUACCAGCUGUCUAGACCUCACAACACUGUAACAGAUCAGUACUCGCUACUGGAGUCCUUGCACCAGAUCACCGAGAACCGCACCAUGCUCUUUGGGCCUAGCAACUCCGAGCAGGAGUUUGUCAUGUGUCUCUGCCACCUGCUCUUCAGCUUGACAGAUGAUCUCAGUGCUGGUGGAAUGUGCUUACACUGCCAGUCUACGGAGGUGAAUCGGACCACUCAGUGGCAUGUUGACCCCAUGUACCCAGGCACUCACUCGGAGAGUGAGUGUCCAGAGCACGAGAGCUCCCACGCUCAGGAGGGGCAGCUGCUGGUCCGCAAGGCCUCUCGUCGUGUCUGGGACGAACUCAUUGCCAGCAAGAAACAGUUUAUUGAGGAGAUCUUCAAAGUCACAUUACCAAAUUCCAAUGCGGGAACUAAGGGUGCUGUAUCAGUAGAUCUUAAAAUCGCAAGAUCUUCCAUGGGUGAAGCUGCUUCCAAGGUGUGGAACAGUUACAUCACAGCAGAGAAACGGAACACAGUGCGUGAGCAGCAGCUGUCAUCACGGUUAUCAAGUAAAGUAAGCAACAGCUUCCAGCUCCUGUCAUCAAGUCGAAAGAGCAAAAGAGAAAGCGCAUCCUUCAGAUCCAACCUGCCAUCAAUCCAGGAGGCUAGUAUGUGGACAUUCACGCACAUCUCCAUCGCCAGAGAUCUGGUGGAACUGCAGUUUAACCAACACCAAGAGAGCCAACAGCAUCUGCAGCGAUACAUCGAGGAGGAGUGGUCCCAGAUGGAGAUGGAGCUGACCCGUGAGCGGGGUCUGUGGGGUCCCCCGUGCAGCUCGGAGCUUGACAAGUGGAUCCUGGACAUGACGGAGGGGCCCUGCAGGAUGAGGAAAAAGAUGCUCCGCAAUGACAUGUUUUACGUUAACUACCCGCAUCGGCAAGAUUUUGACACGCUGGAAAAUAAGCCGUCAAAAGGCCGCAAGCCCAUCAGUUUUGAUAGCCGGAGGUUCUGGCUGCGACAAAGAGGGCAGAGUCUGCUGGAUCGAGGGGAUGGGCCAGUGACAGAACCAGUGAUAGACACUGACAUAUCGAUGGAAGGAGUGGAGGAAGAAGCAGGCACCAGAGAAGGUCUGUGUCCGUCCUCCCUUGUGACCAAGCAAGGUAAUUCCAGGCAGGAUAAAGACUGGGAGGAUAGCGAGACUCCGGAUAUUGAAACGCCAGUGGACAAGCCAGAGGAACCGAAGACGGACAAUCAGAUGAUACUGCGACUCAUGGAGGAAGGAGAAAAGAUUCGCCACAUGUUUCGGUGUGCCCGCAUCCAGGGACUCGACACCAGCGAGGGGCUACUUCUCUUCUGCAAGGAUCACUUCUACGUGGUGGAUGGAUUCACGCUGCUGAGCUCUCGAGAGAUCUGCGACAUUGACGCCGUCCCCGCACAACACCAAGAUCCGAUUAUUCCGAGAGCCUCGCGAGGUCAGCGAACCCACCAGAAGCGGACCAGCAGCAAGUUUGCCUACGAGGACAUCCGGGAGGUUCACAAGAGGCGAUACCUUCUGCAGCCGUGCGCCAUUGAGGUCUUCUCUGCGGACGGCCGAAAUUACCUCCUAGCCUUCCCCCGCAAAGUCAAAAACAAAGUCUAUGCCAGGUUUGUCGCCGAGGCAACCAGGCUGACGGAUGACACCACGUCAGUGGCGGGACAGAAGCGGAACGUCCAAGUGGAGGGAGGUAGUAGCUUCUUAGGGCUCGGCAAUCUUAUUGGAGAGACGACAGUCACACAACGCUGGGAGAGAGGAGAGAUUUCAAACUUCAAGUACCUCAUGGCACUGAAUACCAUUGCGGGGCGCAGCUACAACGAUCUCAUGCAGUACCCAAUCUUCCCAUGGAUACUCGCUGACUAUGAUUCAGAGGAGCUACGUCUCAACAGAGCCGCGACAUUCAGGGAUCUGAGCAAGCCAAUGGGAGCGCAGACAGAGGCCAGACUCCAGCAGUUCAGGAAACGCUAUGACGAAUGGGAGGACCCCACAGCCUUUUCUUCCCUUUUAGGUGGAUCGGUUGGCGACUUCCAAGGUGAGACUCCGCCCUAUUACUACGGCACCCAUUACUCCUGUGCUAUGAUUGUAGCCUCCAUGCUGGUUCGGAUGGAGCCAUUCACCCAACAUUUCCUGAGGUUACAGGGUGGUCAUUUUGACCUGGCUGAUCGUAUGUUCCAUAGCAUCAAGGACGCGUGGUUGUCAGCCUCGGAGCGCAACAUUGCCGACGUUAAGGAACUCACCCCUGAGUUCUUUUAUCUUCCUGAGUUGUUGACCAAUCAUAACAAUUUUGAUCUAGGCGUGAAGCAGAACGGCGUUGAGCUGGGGGACGUCAUCUUGCCACCGUGGGCCAAGGGAGAUCCGCGGGAGUUCAUCAGGAUGCAUCGUGAGGCACUGGAGUGUGACUUUGUCAGCAUGCACCUGCACGAGUGGAUCGAUCUCAUCUUUGGCUACAAGCAGCAGGGCAAGGAAGCCGCCGAAGCCCACAAUGUCUUCCACCAUCUCUUCUACGAGGGCAACGUCGACAUCUACAGCAUCGACGAUCCUCUCAAGAAGAACGCCACCAUUGGGUUCAUCAAUAACUUUGGACAGAUACCCAAGCAGCUGUUUAAGAGGCCGCAUCCCCAGAAGAAAGUGAGCAACAAGAUUGGCGAUUCCAGCGGCAACGUCAUUCCCAUCAAUCGACUGUUCUUCCACAACCUGGACACGCUCAGACCGUCGCUGCAGCCUCUGAAGGAGUUGAAGGGCCCCGUGGGCCAAAUCAUCCCCUUGGAUCGCAUCCUGCUGGCCGUGGAACAGAACAAGGUCCUCAUCCCGCCCGUCUACAACCGCUUCCUGGCCUUCGGCUACGCCGACCUCAGCUUGCGCAUCGGCAACUACGACUCGGACAAGGCCACCACGGUCUUUGAGGGGACGCAGAGUGGGCAGAUCCAAUGUGCUGCCUGCCCCAACACGCGGACGGUCAUCACGGGAGGGGCCAGCACGGUGGUGCACGUAUGGCAGUUGGAGACACGUAAGGAACGAACCAAGCAGCUGUAUCUCAAACAGGCCCUGUAUGGCCACAACGACGCGGUGACCUGCCUCGCCGUCUCCACGGCCUACAACAUCAUCGUCAGUGGUUCCAAGGACCAGACCUGCCUCAUCUGGGAUCUCAACCGUCUCAUGUUCGUCAGGCAGCUCCGUGAUCUGGGCGCGCCGGUGUCUGCGGUGGCCAUCAACAACCUCACCGGUGACAUAGCGACCUGUGCAGGUGCUUUCCUGUAUCUUUGGAGCAUCAAUGGCGACCUGGUGGCCAGUGUCAACACGUCGACUGGGCGAGACCAGAGGAUACUGUGCUGCGCCAUGUCGGAGUUGGUUGAGUGGGAUCCCCUAAAUGUGAUCAUGACAGGUUCCAGCGAGGGUGUGGUCAGGAUGUGGAGUGUUGAGUACGUACAGGUUCCCGACGUGUCCAGCUCAAAAAGAUCUUCAACCACAAACAUCCCGCAAGCUGUCGAACCCCUGGCCUCCAAGAUCAAAGAUGAGGACUGCACAUCGGAGAGCCAGUCGGAAGAUAGCCAGAGCUUCAACAGCGCCCUCAUUGAUGAGAAUGAGGUCUCCACACCAACUGGGAACAGCAUAGACAAGGCCAUGUCAGAUUCUAGCCCGGAUGAGCCGGGUGGUGAUUCGGGCGGUGAACCGGACUACGGGACGCUGAAGGCCAACCGGCACUCCAAGGUGGGCCCAGAAGAGGAGGCCGGGGACUCCCUCCUCCAUGGCCCCAGGCCAACACCCCCAUCCAGCCUGCCCGUGGAGGGGAGCUACGCUGCUGUGGACAACCGGCGGGGGCCGGGAAUAACCCUGACCCAGCCCCCUGGGGAGGGGCCUACAAUGGCCACGCCCGACACCCUGGACUCUUGCAGUGACAAGACCAGCUUCACUACAGUGGAUGACAUGAGUGACAUCAUCAAUGGCAACCAGGGUGAGGACACGGACAGUGUCAGCAGCCGUCAACUGGGCAACCAGAACUUGAAGGUAGAGAACGGGGUGUCACCCCCAAGCCCGAUGCAGCGGGGGGAGUAUGUCAUCCUGUCGGAGAGUGACUUUGAGAAGUAUGACGAGGAAUGCAGGGACAGGAUGUCAGCAUCGCAUAGAAAUAAGCUCAAGCCGGGUUUCAAGUGGCAGAGGCAGCUGGUAUUCCGCAGCAAGCUGACGAUGCACACUGCGUUUGAGCGCAAGGACAACAUGCAGCCUGCAGCAGUCACUGCACUGGCUAUCUCCAGAGACCACAUGAAGGUGUACGUCGGGGACGAACGGGGCCGGGUCUUUAGCUGGUCAGUGGGUGACCCCCAGGGCAAGCUGAUGACCGACCACUGGGUCAAGGAUGAGAGCAGCGACUCCUGCAGCUCCUGCAGCACCAAGUUCACCUUCUCGGAGAGACGGCACCACUGCCGGAACUGCGGAAAGCUCUUCUGCUCCAAAUGCAGUCGAUUUGAAUCGGCCAUUCCGCGACUCCACAUCACCAAAGCCGUCCGCGUGUGCCAAGGCUGUUACACGGCACUGCGGCUGCCCAGAGAGACAGAUGCCAUUUACAGAACGUAAACCGACUGACACCAGCAGUUGGACAAGUUACCAAUGGUUACUUUAAGCACUGACUAGAAACCCAGGUAGUGUAUAGAUUAGACUCCAGUUUUCCAGUGCGUCUGCACAAAGUGGUCGAGUGCCCCAGUUACUUUGAUGCCAGUCUCACAAACUGGUGGUCCUGGGUUCGAAUCCCAUUAAUCAUUAGAGUGGGAAAAAAAAGUGCAUAUUACAGGACAAAUGACAAUGACCUUGUAAACAAUAGAUGGCAGCCUACCGUGUCAUUCACAGACUUACAGCGGUUGAACCCAGAGUCAAAGGGAUUUGUCAGAUAUUGGCUCUGUGCACAGAAAAACAAAGAAUCCCACAUUUGCAUAAUAAUACACCCAUGCACGGGUCCACGUAUCUCUAAUCUGCAUACCGUGUUUGUGCUUACAGUGCAUUUGGCUUCUGUAUAGAGAUGGCAGGAUAUGAAGAUUUGCAUCUGUUUGUUCAUCAUGCCGCUGUGAAAUAGCAUUUUAAAAAAUGUUAUUAUCGUUAUUCUGAUUUUUUUUCCGGGGGGAGGGGGAUCCAGGAUUUUACCUCAUUAGACUGGAGACAUUUUAAUGGCCACCUACACUUACCAGUAUGACCUUGGAGCUCACACUGAGGUCCUUCUACCGGUACUUAACAUUUGACGGAGGUCAGCUAACGACCUUGUCCCUUUCAACUUGAAAAUUCCUGAGCACCCUGAAAUUUUUUUUUUUUUUUUAAUUUGACAAUGGUCAAGAAUUUGAUAUCUCGAGGUAAUAAUCGAUGUGGAAAAGCAACUGUUAACCCCCUAACCAAGUAUACUAACUUGAUGAAUUAAAAAAACAAGGUGCCAUGUAUUUAGAGGGGAUACCUGUCUCCUCUUGUAUAAAACUGUGCAGCAAAGCCGUGUUGUAUAUUAAAAGUAAAAUUGUAUACAAAUUGUAUAUAUAUAUGUAUGGAUAGCAACAAAAUAAUAUAAGUAUUACGCAAAAAAAGACCAAUGGAAGCAUCACGUCUGCUCUUGCCAAGUGGAGAAGAUUCCUCUCAGUCGUUUGUGGUGGGCUGUAAACUAAUCGGUUGUGAUUGGUCAGUAUUGGGUCACCUGGUACUACAACCCACUCAUGUUUUGUGGCCCCUCUGAAAAGCUGGAGACAAGGGGGAUAGUUACCGCUGAGAAACGAUGUGAAUUUGGUGUUUGUCAGUUUUGCAUGCCAAAAGACAGACAGUCAGAACGUUGUGUGCACAUAAAGGCAGCAGUCCUGUCCUGUCAGCACUGUACAGUAGAUGGUUAGUGUUAAAGCUCAGAGGUAGCGAAAGUCUUUUUUUUUUUCAGGGAAACUUCCAAGGUUUAGUGUAAGCAUGAUUGAUUACAAACAAAAUCUAGUCUGUAAUCUUGUAUUUGGGCCCAAGUUUCUUACCGAAAUAACCUUAGCCUUAAUGAUGAAAUUUUUAAAAACUGGGUUUUUUUAUACCAAGUAGAUGACACAUGGAAUAACUUGGCUGAUGGUCUGUGGGAGCUGAGAUAUGUCAAAAUAUUCAUCGUAAUAGAUAGUGUUGUCCCAUUUGAGUACCAGAUAGAUGUCAGUCAUUUGUAUGCAGUACUCUCUCUGAAUAUUUUGAGCGAGAGAAAUAAAUGGGUCUUUUGGGUUAACUUUUGGGAGAAGUCUUCACUUCUAAAUGUACAAUGUACAUGUACUUUUGGACUUUUUCUUCAAAAUGGCAUAGUUCCUAAUCUUGAAUGGUGCCCUUACCUGGCAGAUAGGAGCCAGUGUACAGUACUGCUGAAUAUUCAUGUGCAAUGUUACUUAAUGGUAGGUUAAUCAAGUAAUUAAUAUUCAUGUAUGUAAAGAUGUAUAUUAUUCCCUUAUUUGGAUCUUUGUGGGACAGGUUUUUUCCUUGUCUUUUUAAGCUGGCUGAAAUGGAGUUUCAAAGUCAGUGUCAAACAAAUGUAUAUUGUUGAGAAAUUUAAUAGAAUUUAUUGCUUAAACUACAAUCAUGAAAGGCCACACUGGACUGUGCGAAUGGUUGAAAUCCGUGAGUGAAGAAGUGAAAGAAAUAUGUCAGAGUAAACAUUCUUUAUUUUGUUUUCAUAUUUUCCAAAGUAACUGUUUGAAUAUGAUUAUUUUUGUGAAGAUUGACAAUGUAUACAAAAUGUGACGCUAACCUGUAAAUAUUAGCUCCCACACAAAGAUCUAGCUAUAAGUCACGUGUCGUAAUCAUCAGGAGGAAUUUUUGAAGUGGUAAAUAACCAAAGUCCUUCUGCAGCGUUCCUACCUGUAUUUGUUGGCUAGUUUAUACAUUUGUCAGUAUUAUUCUAUGCAGAGUAUAUUCAUUUGCAAAAUAUUUUCUGUUCCACAGAAAACACGCAUUGAAAGACAAAGCCAAUAACCUUUUUAUUAUCACAAGUCGUAACGCAUUGUUUAUUUCCAUUGGCAACUACUUUCAUUUGUCCUUUUUUCUUUUUAUACUUAAAUUGUUGCUUGGUUCAAAUUUUUUUUUUUUUGUUCCAAUCCAAACAUUCGGUUUGAAUAUUAAAGUUCUAACUAUUGCCAAUAAUGUCAUUCCAUAUCAAAAUUAAAGACAGGAUUAUUUGACACUGAUGCCAAGGGUUUAGAGAUGUGGCCAGUGUUUACACAUUAUACUUGGGGUGGUGCACCGAGGACUUUUGUAAGGGCUCAUAAAUGCGCAGUCUGAGCUUGUUCUGUCGCACCUGCAGUUGUAUGAUUGUACAGUAUUUUCCAGCGUAUCGAUAGUGCUUGUCUUGUAACUUUUUCAAGACAAUUUCUUAAGUGUGAUGGGAUGUAGUCAAGUCCAUAUCUCAGCAAGAGCAGAUCCACAACCAUUUUCUAAGGGGGGAGUGGCAGAUUUUUGGGAGGAGGGGUGGAGAUUCGGAAAUUAUUUAUGUCACUUUUGAUGGCCUGUCACUUUUGUAAAAGGGAAAUGAAAUAAACCCCACAGUCAACUUU